CCUAGUUUCCAACCGAUCGUCCGAACUGAAACUAAAAUGGCGUCGUCGGAGAAACCAAAACGAUGCCUAUACGAAGUCCUCGGCUUAAGCCGCGACUGCUCCGUCGACGAAAUUCGGUCAGCUUACAAGAAGCUUGCUCUUCAGCGCCAUCCGGACAAGCUCGUAAAAUCCGGCUUAUCAGAAGCCGAAGCCACAGCUCAAUUCCAAGAGCUCGUAAACGCCUACGAAGUCCUCUCCGACCCGCGGGAGCGCGCGUGGUACGACUCGCACCGCUCUCAAAUUCUGUUUUCCAGUUCCUCCCCGGCCACCGGCAAUUCGGCUAAUUCCGUCUAUGUUCCGAACUUUUUUUCGUAUUUCUCCAAUUCCGUUUAUUCUGGAUAUUCGGAUUCCGGCAAGGGUUUUUAUAAGGUUUAUGGAGAUGUUUUUGAUAAAAUUUAUCAAAAUGAGUUAAAUUUUGCCAAGAAGUUGGGCUUGGGAUUCCCUAAGGAAGCUCCAGUCAUGGGAAAUUUGGAUUCCUAUUAUACUCAGGUUACGGCGUUUUAUAAUUAUUGGUUAGCGUUUGUGACAUUGAUGGACUUUUGUUGGGUAGAUCAGUAUGAUGUAAUGGCAGGGCCGAAUAGGAAGUCAAGAAGGGUAAUGGAGGAGGAAAACAAAAAGUUGAGGAAAAAAGCACGGAGGGAGUAUAAUGACACAGUUAGGGGAUUGGCUGAGUUUGUGAAAAAAAGGGAUAAGAGGGUCAUAGAUAUGCAGAUGAAAAGGGCCGAGGAGGUGGAGAGGAGGAAGGAGGAAGAGAGGGAGAGGAAAAAGGAGUUGGAGAGACAAAAGGCUGAGAGAGCGAAGAAGUACGAGGAGCCUGAGUGGGCUAAAGUUGAAGACAUUGAGGAUGAAGAUACUGAGGAGAUAGUUGAUGACGAUAAGAAGAAGAAAGGGGAUGGGAAGGAGUUGUAUUGUGUUGCAUGUGGAAAGAAAUUCAAGAGUGAUAAACAAUGGAAAAAUCAUGAGCAGUCAAAAAAACACAAGGAAAAGGUGGCAGAAUUGCGGAACACAUUUAUUGAGGAAGAUGAAGAAUAUGAAGAGGGGAAGACGGAGGAAGUGGGUGAGGAAUAUGAGGAGGAAGAUGAGGUUGGCGCAGAAGAGAGUGGCUUUUUAUCAGCAGAUGAUGAGGUGGAUGAACUAAUGGAUCAUUUUAAUAGCACCAUGGAAAUUCGAGAAGAAGGCAAUGAUGAAGCGCAAUCUAGUGAACAAGAUGGUUUGGUUGAUAGGGAUAGUGGGAUUGGCUUGAAGGAACUACAAUCUGACAUGCGAUCAGAUGAUGAUGAAGCUAGUAAUCUUGAAGCUAUGGUUUCUGGGCAGAAGAAUCGGAAAAAUGGAAGCUUGGAUCAGAAGCCUAAGCGUGCUUCAAAUAAAAUCCCAGUCGAGGUUGAUAGUAAUGAGAUGGACUUCAUGGCGUAUAACAAUAUGAAGGGUUCAAGAAGGAAUAGGGGAGGUAGGAAACAAAGGGGACGAACUCUAGAGGAAGCAGCGCAAACUGAGAUAGCUGAAGCGCAUGUUGAAGCUGAGAAUAAUGGGUAUCAUGACACCAUGAAGGAGGCGUCAUCAGAUUCUUUCCUUGAAACUCAAUCUAGAGGCAAAGAAGAUGAUGAAUCAGAAACGAGUCAUAAGCUUUCAAGACAAGCUGUUAACAAGAAAGGGACAGCAAAGUCAGACAGCAAUUUCAAGUCAAAAGAGGCACCCAAAGGAAGGAAAAAGAAGGCUAAUACCAAAGUUAUUAGCAACCGGUGUGAGAAAUGUGGAGAAGAAUUUGAAUCAAGAAAUAAACUACAUAGGCAUUUAGGGGAUACGGGUCAUGCUACAUUAAAGUCCAGAUGAAAGUUCUGGAGCAUCUUCUGUGUUGAGUGUGUCAAGCUACGGGCUUGGCGUCAUUUUUGGCUUCAUAUUUGUCAUUAUUUUGGUAAUUAUAAAAUAAUUACCGUUGUUAUAUCCUAGAUGAUUGUAUCCGAGUAAUAUAAGAUACCACAGGAAAUUACAGAGUCGGCAGAAAGACCUUGAUAGCUAGAAAUGUAGCAAUUCUUGUUUGUUCUUCGUGAUGGAAUGAUGCUCGUCACUUUGGAAAUUGAUUGCGAAGCUAUUCAGCUUAUUCUUUCAUGAAAUGUUAUUCAAUGUCAGUUGGGGUCGAUUUUCAA